AGAAACGUGGUGAAAGAGCUGUGUUGACGUGUUCGGUGGUUGCAAGGACGACCAUGAAGUCAUCCCGUGCAUGGGCCUCGACUUGGAAUCUUUCUGGCGCGCAGCUUCUGCAGCUUCCUCCAUCACCAUCGCCAUUGAGCGCCCUCCCCUCCGACUUUGUCUUCGACUUUGUAUUUUCGUACCUUCCCUAUUCUCUUCUGCACCAUGGCCAACACAUCCGGCAACGCGCCGGCCCCCGUGCUCAGCGCGCCCGGGCCGUUCCCCGUAGGCAUCCCCGAGCCCGGCACAAGCUCAUUCUGGGACCGGUUAUCGAGCUGGGCGUCGGAGAACAAGGGCGUCGUCUACACCAUCGCUGGCGUGACGCUUGUCGUCGGCGCGGGCGGAGCCAUCUACUACUUCAACUCGUCGGACUCGGGCAGCGACGCAUCGGCGGCCGGCACAGCAAACAAGCGCAAGAAGCAGCGCGAGCGGCGGCGCGAGAAGGAGCGGGCAGCGAAGGAGCAGACCACGGUCGAGCCCGCGCCGGCUGAGAAGAAGGCGGCGGGGGCGGCGAGCGGCGACGACGAGCUGCCGGACGUCGACCAGAGCAGCGUGGGCGCGCUGUCGGAGGAGACGCGCAAGGAAUACGCGGCCAAGCUCAAGGCGGCGGGGAACAAGGCGUACGGGUCCAAGGACUACAACCACGCCAUCGAGCUGUACGGCAAGGCGAUCCUGUGCCGGCAGGAUCCCGUCUUCUACUCGAACCGCGCGGCGUGCUACAACGCCAUGUCAGACUGGGAGCGCGUCAUCGACGAUACGACGGCGGCCAUCAACCUCGAUAACGAGUACGUCAAGGCGCUUAACCGCCGUGCCAACGCGUACGAGCAGGUCGAGCGCAACAGCGAGGCGCUGCUCGACUACACAGCGAGCUGCAUCAUCGACGGCUUCCGCAACGAGAGCAGCGCCCAGAGCGUCGAGCGCCUGCUGAAGAAGGUGGCCGAGCAGAAGGGCAAGGCCAUCCUCGCCGACAAGGAGAAGAAGCUGCCGAGCCCGACCUUUGUCACAAACUACCUGCAGAGCUUCCGCCCGCAGCCCGCGCCCGCCGGCCUCGACGAUGACGCCGACCUCGAUGACGACAGCGCCCGCGGCCAGCUGCGCAAGGGGCUCAAGGCCAUGGCCACGCGCACCGCCGAGGGCUAUGCCGAGGCCGCCGCCGCCUUCGACCGCGCCCUGGAGCUGGGCGACCUCGGCGAGCACGAGGCCUUUGCCUACAACAUGCGCGGCACCUUCCGCUAUCUCAAGGGCGACAACGAGGACGCCCUGCACGACAUGGACAAGAGCGUCGAGCUGCAGCCCGCCCUGACGCAGAGCUUCAUCAAGCGCGCCAGCAUGCACCUGGAGCUGGCCAACCCUGAGGCCGCCGAAGCCGACUUCGCCACUGCCCUCGCGCAGAACGACAAGGACCCCGACAUCUUCUACCACCGCGCCCAGCUGCACUUCAUCAAGUCCGAGUUCGGCGACGCCGCGAAGGACUACCAGCGCUCCAUCGACCUCGACGAGUCCUUCAUCUUCUCGCAUAUCCAGCUCGGCGUUACACAGUACAAGAUGGGCUCCAUCGCCUCGUCCAUGGCCACCUUCCGCCGCUGCAUGAAGAACUUCUCCCAGGUCCCCGACGUCUAUAACUACUACGGCGAGCUGUUGCUGGACCAGCAAAAGUACCAGGAGGCCAUCGAGAAGUUCGACACGGCCGUCGAGAUGGAGAAGUCCAGCAAGCCGCUGGGCAUGAACGUCCUGCCCCUCAUCAACAAGGCGCUCGCCCUCUUCCAGUGGAAGAACGACUUCAACGAGGCCGAGAAGCUGUGCGAGAAGGCACUGAUCAUCGACCCGGAGUGCGAUAUUGCCGUCGCCACCAUGGCGCAGCUGCUCCUCCAGCAGGGCAAAGUCACAGAGGCGCUCAAGUACUUCGAGCGCGCGGCCGAGCUGAGCAGGACAGAGGGCGAGAUCGUCAACGCCCUGAGCUAUGCCGAGGCCACCCGGACGCAGCUCGAGGUCCAGGAGAAAUACCCCAAGCUUGCGAGCAGAUUGGGCGCCAUGGGCGGUGCUGCCGGUGCGGGUGGCUUCGGCAUGAGGUAGAUGAUGUCGAUUGGAUUGUGGAGUGUUGGUGUGGAAAGUUCGAACUUGUAAUUACUACUACUCUGCUCGGACGGCGUGUUAUCUGUCAUUGUCAUGUGGAAUGGCGCUGUAAAAUGUACAUGUACAUCAGCUUCGAAUGAAUAUGCGUCACUUUAA